AUGCCAGCUGAUUUACCUCUGCCUUUGACAAUGCAACGUCAAGAAUUAAAAGAAAAAAUGGAUUCGGGACAGAAGACAAUAAUUGAUCUUGAUGAAAUUGUUGAACGAUGGGUUUGGAAAAUGUGGGAAAUGUCAAAACGUCGUGAAGAUUCAAAAUAUCGUCGAGAAGAAUUAGAUAUUGAAAUAAAUUGGAAACGUGUUAAUUUCUGGCAAUCUGAAACAAUAUUUAAUCGUUCUCAACAAUUACGCAUGCCUAAAUCACAAAUUUUAUUUAAAACACAUUUUACAAAUAAUACUGAUCGUGAACAAGACUAUUCGUUGAGAGCAGAACGAUCAACUGUGACAACAUUUAAUUUUACAUUUAUGAAAGGAUUUACAAAAGAAAAAGAAGGUGCUGUUACAUUUAAACUACCAAAUGAGGUUGUCGAAGUUGGUGGUGGUAUUAAACAUGAACAACGAGUUGAUUAUGGGAAAGAUACAACAUUUGAAACAAGGAUGACCUGGUCAGCCGAUUCCAAUAUUCGUGUAGCGCCCCAUUCGAGAGCAAAUGCUGAAUUGAUCAUUACUGAAGAAGAAUAUUCUGCUGAUUUUCAAGUAGAAGUACGAUUUUCUGGACGUAUAUCAGCAUCGAUAUGUAGUAGACGUGAUAAUAAUGCGUACGUUAAAUUUGUCGAAGGCGAUAUGGCCGCCAUAUUUCAAGAUGCGAUAAAAACAAGUAAUGCUAGUCAAUUUGAAAUAUUUGAUAAUUCAAUCGUGAGAACAAUUAUGUCGGGUAAAUGUGCGUUUCGUUAUGGUGUCGAACAACAUGUGACUGUUGAACAAGAUCGUUUAACAUCCGCUUCAGAACCACCGCCAAGAUAUCAUGCUAUUAUUACUAAUUCACAUUAG